CUCAGUUUCCCAGCUGCCCCGGCGCAACCGUCCGCGCCCCGUUCACUCUAAUGGUUCCAGCUGACGGUUUCUUUGGUUCAAUCACCCUAAACACGGCGAUAUAAAGAGCAGCUAUGGCUUCUCGAGCAGGUCCGAGGGCAGAAGGCACAGAUGGCAGUGACUUCCAACACCGGGAGCGGGUCGCCUCUCACUACCAGAUGAGUGUCGCCUUGAAGUCUGAAAUCCGUAAACUCAAUAUCGUUCAUCUGCUGAUGUGGAUGCUCAUGGCAGCUCAGGUGACUGUGAGCCAGCUGAGCCUGGUGUCCCACAAGGUGGUGGCCUCUCCAUACCAGUGGGAGUAUCCGUAUCUUCUGAGCAUAGUUCCCACAGUCUUCAGCUUUUUGGCAUUGCCUCGCAACAACAUCAGCUACCUGGUUAUCUCCAUGAUCAGUUCUGGGCUUUUCUGCGUGGCCCCUCUGAUUUAUGGUAGUAUGGAGAUGUUUCCUGUGGCUCAGCAGCUUUAUCGCCACGGGAAAGCAUACCGCUUCAUUUUUGGCUUCUCUGCCGUAUCAGUCAUGUACCUGGUGAUCAUCAUCGCUGUACAGGUCCACGCGUGGCAGAUCUACUAUAGCAAGAAGUUGCUGGACCAGUGGUUCACCACCACACAGGACAAGAAGAAGAAAUAAUUGACUUCAGCAUGCUCAGAACUAAAGGUUUACCCUUAUUGUGGACAAAGAGGAUCUUGGAUCUGAAACAUUUUGUGGAACAGACGAGACUUCCAGAGGUGCUCUUGUUCAGCAUCUUUAUAUUUAUACUUGUCAGUAAUCAUUUAAUUGUUUGAAGGAAAAUCUGUUCUUGGACAGCCUGUAAUUAAUGCAAUCACUCUGUACACCAGUUCAUCAUGGGGGAAGGAAAAAAAAAAAUGAAAAAAAAACUGCAAAUGUUUUUGGUUUGAGCUUUAUUAUUAUUAUUGGUUUGAGCUUUAUUAUUAUGGGUAAUAACAAAAUGGACAGGGUAAAUAGAGGACAGUUAAAAUAUACAAGUUAAACUGAACUAUGAAGCAAUUAUAGUAUUUAAGAGAAUCCUUGAGACAAAACUACAUACCAAAGUACAUGUGUCAAAAUAAUACGAUUAAAUGGUUUCCCCACAUAAAUCAGAUGUUCAU